AUAAGAUCAUCUCCAACAGAAGAAGAAUUAUUUAGCCAACAAGAAAAUGGUAUCAAGAGGACAUCAAAAGAAAGAGUUUCAUGCAGAGAAUAUUAUAGUUACAAGCUUCAAAUUCGAGAACAUGAAAAAUCAGUUAUUUUGUAUGCUGGUAGAUUGCUACAUCAGUAUGUUGUUGACAUGUACGUGAAGAUUGAAACAAGUCGCUUAGACUUUUUCAGACAAAAUCAACAUACAAUACGGUCUGAUUUGUAUCAAUGGAUUAUUGAUAGUGUAGCCGCUGGAGAAACACAAAUUAAUAAUACUGGUAAAAGAAUUAUACUUCCACCUUCGUUCAUUGGCGGACCUCGUGAUAUGCGGCGAAGAUAUUUAGAUGCAAUGGCUCUUUGUCAACGAUUUGGAAAACCAGACUUAUUCAUAACAAUGACAUGCAAUCCUGAUUGGCAAGAAAUUCAUAAUGAGUUAAAGCCAGGUCAAACGGCACAAGAUAGACACGACCUAACAACACGUAUUUUCAGGGCUAAAUUACAAGAUUUAAAGGAUCAAUUAUUCAAGAAAUCAAUUUUUGGAACUGUAGCUGCCCGUGUAUAUGUUAUUGAAUUUCAAAAAAGAGGACUUCCACAUGCUCAUUUUCUGAUUAUCUUGGAUGCUGCUUUUAAGAUAAUAUCUCCAAUACAGUUUGAUAGAAUUAUUUCAGUAGAAUUACCAUAUCCUUCAAAAUAUAAGAGUCUACAUGAAUAUGUUGUAAAACAUAUGAUGCAUAGCCCCUGUGGAAUUUUAAAUAAAAACAAUGCUUGCAUGAGAAAUGGAUUAUGUAAGAAUAAAUACCCUAGAUCUUUCUCAAAAUAA